GGGACUUUAUACUUAGUUGUUGAUUUCUUCACUCUUGUGCUAGGCAAGCCUGUGGUUAUUACUUUUCGAGCCUACUCUAAAGAUCAGAUACUCAAGAUUCUUCAGCAGAGGCUUAUGGCACUUCCAUACACUGUCUUUCAACCACAAGCUUUGGAGCUUUGUGCCAGAAAAGUUGCAGCUGUAUCUGGAGAUAUGAGGAAAGCCCUCUCCGUUUGCAGAAGUGCUAUUGAAAUACUAGAGUAUGAGCUUAGGGAUUCCAGCGAGCUGAACUCAUUUCAGGCUGAUACAGCAUUACACGAUCAACUGAUAAUAGCCCAACUAAUAGCAAAGCAAGAGCCUAAUGUUGUAAGGGUUGAUCAUAUGGCAAUUGCUUUGUCAAAGACAUUUAAAUCGGCAAUAGUGGACACUAUACAGUCUCUUCCACAACAUCAGCAGAUAAUACUUUGCUCUGUAAUGAAGCUAUUCCGAAAUGGAAAGAAGGAUACCACUGUAGGCGAGCUGAAUAAAUCAUACUUGGACGUCUGCAAAUCUGUACUAAUUCCUCCUAGUGGCAUUCUGGAAUUCUCGAAUAUGUGUAGAGUGCUCGGUGAUCAGGGCCUUCUAAAACUCGGACAAUCUCGAGAGGAUAGACUGAAAAGAGUGAACUUAAAAGUUGACGAAGCAGAUAUUACUUUUGCCUUGCAAGGAAUUCGAUUCUUCCGGAAUUGUCUUCAGUAAUGGUGAUCAUGACAAUAAGAAGUCGGAGUUAUGGUCUCCCAACAUCAGUGGGUGCUUUGCUUCUGGAGAUUUGGAAACCUUCAACCUGAAAGGUAACAGGAACUUCUGAGCUACGAGCGAUUCAGUACAGUUCCUGCCGGUGUUCUCAACCUGAAUCAACGUGUUCAGGGUCAAAAUUUAAUAUAGAUCUGUCAAGUAGUUGGGGUGAAGCAUGUUUGUCAUUCAUUGUUUUAUUCAAAUUGUAAUAAAAAGAAAAAUAAAUGCUUAGAUGACUUAUUGCAGAAGCCUUAUUGAAUUGGUACCUUCUUUUUCUUUUUCUUUA